AUGAUGCUGCUGCAGCAGCAGCCUGAGUUCACGGGGAACAUGUCCAAAGCACUGGGUCCCACAGCAGUGGGCACGGUCAGGAUCCUGCAGCAGAAGGCAAGAGAAGACUUCGGAACACACAGACCUGACUGGCUACCCUCUUGCCAAGAGGUAUUCCCUGGCAAGUCCCUCUAUGCUCCUUCCCUCCAAGCCAUUGCCUCCCAUCCCAAAGAGCUCUCCUUCUACCAAGCCAAGCCUGACAUGCAGCGGAGAGAAGGAAAAUGGGCUUCCUUACUGCAUUCUACUGGUGGGGAUAAGAAGAAGGGGUCAUUGGGACUGCCUGUGAUCCCGCCCAUACGCAACACAGGCAGUCCCCCUGUGGGCAGUGCUGCAGGGUCCCUGACAAGCUCUCCCCAGGUGGAUUUCCAGGAGUCUCGGGAGAUGAGGCCAAGAUCCAGCAGCAGAAGCAAAGAGAAUUAUGAAGAUGCAGGCCUCCCACUGUGCCAGGCCAAGGAGAUGGAUCAUCCCACCAGUCCUGGUCUUACAAGGGACAAAGACCUGAGGGAUGGCUUUGGAAAGAUCCAUGCUGCAUUGUGUAUGUUGGCUCAAAAGAACUUAGGGCAGAAGGAUGCAGAGUUUUUGGAGAGAGAGAUGAAGAAAAGGAGAGAAAGGAAAACAUCCUUGCAGCUUAUUCCUGAGGCAGUCGAGCCUGGGGAUGCAGCUGAAGCAACCUUUAGCCUACCACCUGUUGAUGGCACAGCUUCUAGAGUGCAGAGAAAACACCCUGGUAAUGCCUUGAAGAAGAAGGUUGUGAGGAAGCAGGACAAGGUGCCCUUACUGCCCAGUACACCCAUCAUGCAUGGGGAUGGCAGCUUCCCAUGCAGCUCCUCAGUGACCUCGCUGAUGGCCACUGCUGCCAAGCGCCGAGAGGAGCCGCUCCGUGGGCACGGGCAGAAGGACAGAGCCUCCUCAGACCCACAGCAGUCCUUGCAGGAGGCACUCUCCUUGCUGGGCAGCGAUGACUGGGAGCUGAAGGAGAAGGGACUCUUCAGCAUCAAACACCUGGCUGGGUCCCAUUCAGAGGUCCUGCUUUGUAGACUUCAUGAGGUUUGCUUGGCAGUUACCAGCGAGGUGACCAACCUCCGUUCCAAGGUGUCCUACUCUGCAAUUGUCACUCUGGGAGAGCUCUUUGUGACCUUGAAGAAGGACAUGGACUCUGAGGUGGAUGAGGUUGCUCGGGUCCUUCUCCAGAUGGUGUCCAACUCCCCAGACUUUGUUCAGAAAGCAGCCAGUCAGACCCUGGGGAUCAUGGUGGAGAAUGUGACUCCUGCACGAGCAAUGACUGCCCUCAUGGACAUGGGAGUCAAGAGCUGCCACGCCCAGGUGCGGAAGUGUGCGGCCGAACUCCUCCUGUCCCUGAUGGAGAGAAUUGGAGUCACGAAGCUCGCAGGCACACCCAGGGCUGAGAGGCUGGCACACGUGGCAGGGAAGCUUGCUCAGGACUGUCACAAGGACACAAGGCAUUAUGGACAGGAGAUGGUGAAGAUGUUGCUCACAGAUCAACAACUUAAACUGCUUUUGGAACGAUCUCUUUCCACCCGUGACCUGGAAGAAAUCCUGACAAGAAUGAAGAAGAAAGGGAUGGAAAACCAGAAAGCUGAACGCCCAUCUGUCAAGGAGCCGGUGAAGGAGAGGAACAAUGGCUCAAAGAAGCCCCAGGCCACAGUGCCUUCUAGCAAACGGGUGAAAUCUACCUCUGAUGAACACCUCCUACACCGUGCAAAAGCCCAGGUCACGUUACCUCCAGCUGUGGAAGAAACUGAGCUGCUCCAGAAGCUUUACCAUCUCCUGGAAGCCAAGGGGUUUCAGACACGGAUGGAAGGAGUGGCACUCCUCCUAGACCUGUGCAAAACCAGCCCCCAGCUCAUCUGCACUAACAUUGUCCAAAUUUUUGAUUAUUUUGUCUGGAGAAUAUCUGACAGCCACAAGAAGGUGAAGCAGAAGGCGCUGGACGUGCUGGCUGAAAUCACAGGCGUCCUGAAAGAUGCCCUGAACCCGGUGAUCAUUGGUUUGGUGGAGGGAAUAACAAGGAACCUGAACUCAAAGGAUCCCAGGGUUCGUGCUGCAGCUGUGAAAGCACUGGAUGAAUCCAUUGCUCAUUUGGAUAAAGUAUCACUGCUGAAAGAGUUCAGCUACCAAUGGAAUCAGCUGAGUGGCCAAGCUCUGCUGGAUGUCGCGGAGCGUAUCACAGGUUGGUGGCUAAGAAGCUGUGUCUCUCUCCCGGCAGUGCUUGUGGAGUGGGUUUAUGCCAGCAGCCCUGAAGUGGUCCAGCACGACGCCCUGCCCGUGCUCUGGUCCUUCCUGGAGAACAAGGCGCUGCCUGUCCGAAGCGCCAACGUCCGCACCGUGGCCACCAAGCUUGCCUGUGCCCUCUACAAGGUGAUGGGCACCCAGCUGAAGAAAUGCGCUGCCAGCAAGCCUCCACAUGUGCGGGAAAACCUCUCCAAGAUUUUGGGCUGGUGAAGGCGAGAUGUUCUCCAGAAAGCUGACCAUUUGCUGAGUUGGACACCUCUGGAUGUGACUUUUCAGCUGUGCCAAAAAUGACAAAACACUAAGGAAGGGUGUGCAUCUGCCCCCGCUCUCUCCAUCACCUGUCCUAGUCAUGGCGUGGGGGGCCUGAAGCAACUCCAGAUGGAGGACAAGAUCUGACUGGUUACAGACUUACCGAGAAGUUUUCUCUGGAUACUUCCGAUGUUCCCUUACCCACAAAGUCUUUGCCUCCCGUCCAGAAGAGCUCUCUUUCCUCCAAGCUCAGGAAGCAGCUGCCACCUAUCAGAAGAGUGUUUGAAGAAUAGGAUUUAUGUGUUAGACUUCAUAGUUACAGAUGUACAUA